AACGUCCUGCCCCGCCGGAAGUGAAGGUGCGGGGUUCGGCCGCGGGCUCUGAGCGGGUGAGGCGCGCGCAAAUACCGGCGCCGAGAAUUGGUGGGGGCGGGUCGGGGACGCCACAUCUGGGGCCAUUUGAGGGAUCUCCUGGGGUCCGAAGGGCGUUUAUCAGGCGCCCCUGCCCGAUGGCAGCAGUAGUUCUAGGGGGAGACAUCAUGGGUCCUGAACGUAUCUUCCCCAAUCAGACUGAAGAACUCGGGCCACACCAGGGCCCUACAGAAGGCACUGGGGAUUGGAGCAGUGAGGAGCCAGAGGAAGAGCAAGAGGAAACAGGAACAGGCCCAGCUGGCUACUCCUACCAGCCCCUGAACCAAGAUCCUGAACAAGAGGAGGUGGAGCUGGCACCAGUGGGAGAUGGAGAAGAUGUAGUUGCUGAUAUCCAGGAUCGAAUCCAGGCCUUGGGGCUUCAUUUGCCAGACCCCCCAUUAGAAAGUGAGGAUGAAGAUGAAGAGGGAGCUACAGCAUUGAGCAACCACAGCUCUAUUCCCAUGGACCCAGAACACGUAGAGCUGGUGAAAAGGACCAUGGCUGGAGUAAGCCUGCCCGCACCAGGGGUUCCUGCCUGGGCUCGGGAGAUAUCAGAUGCCCAGUGGGAAGAUGUGGUACAGAAGGCCCUCCAAGCCCGGCAGGCCACCCCUGCCUGGAAGUGACCACCCUGAGGGCUGCCUUAUCUCCCUGCAUUCAAGGCCAGAACCAGCACAGGACUGAACGCAUCCUGGUUGUAGUGUCCAUCUCCAUCCUCCCCACCUCCCUCUCCACAUCAAGGCAAAUCAGACGUCUUCUCAGAGACCCACUUUAUUCAGUUCUGUACAUAUGGGGACAUCCACCCAGGCCCAACCCACCUUAGCAUGUAUCACUCUGUGGAGAAUAAAGCACCCUAUGUACACA